UGGCGCGAUCGUUUUCUCUGCAGGGCACCGAAUAACCUAGGAAGACAAGCUAGUAUAAAACAAAGUUUGAUUGCAAGCGUUAUGGUCGCGUAACAAAGUUGUCGGCCGAUGUCAACAAGCCAUGGAUGAAUCCGAGGAACCGACCCAUGCAAAGGUUAAUGAGGAAACAAGCCAAGAACUUGAUGGAACCACCCAGGAAGUUGGUGCAUUAAAGGAGACAGACUCCGGAACUUAUUUUAGAGAUUCUAGGGCAAAGACCAAAUUUGGAGAGGGGGGUAACUCUGGCAUUGUUGCAGUUUCAUCUCCUUGCCCUUCCUCGAGUAUGACUGCGCCAGCAGCAGAUGAAAGUUGGGCUGAAGUGGUUGAUGCGCACAGACCUAGAUCAUCUCCAAGUCUAGGUCUCUCGGAGGACAAUGUUUCCAUGAUAGAGACAGUUCGUGUGGUUUUAUCCCCAUGUGCGGGUGAGGCGGGCAGCACCACUGAGUGUGAACAGGAGGGUGAUGUAGAGGUAGAAAUUGAAGGCACUGAUGAUGCAUUAAUAAAUGAGAAAGGUGCUGAUGGAGUGUUAAGGGAGGUGGAGGGCUACAGAACAGAGGUGACGUCUGGGAGAAGUGCCGUUUUUGAGGACUCAAACACUGAAACUGCUACUGGCAGCAUCUCGGGGACAACAGACACCUGUGAUCCUGAUGAGGAGAUGGACGCUGAUGCAAGGGUGAGAAAUAAAGAAGCUGAUGACUCAAAAAAGGGCCCUACAGCCACACCUAUGAUGCAGGCUAUCAAUUAUGAGCCAGAGGAGGGGGCACAUAACUUAAUUAUUUUUAAGGGCAAUGCCACCACUACGAACACGGGGACGCAAUCCUGCUCGUUAGUGGAUUCUACUGUUGGUGACUUGCGGGGCGAGCAUGGAAAACCUGCUCAGUGGAACGUUGCUUCUAACACAGUUGAUUUGAACAGCAAGCUGGGGCAAACCAAUGCAAAUGACCUGGACGAAAUGAUGGACAUUGGGACUUUGGACCAGAUGGAACAAGAAGCCCAGAUGGAGGGAGAGCAACAGAAGCAGACAACAGACAUAGACAUGAGUAGUUCUAGUUUGCUCUCCGACACCACUACAGUCUCUGGGACACGGGAUGGAAAAUCCCUUGUUCCGCCUGACAGUGAUGAGAAACCCCAUAACCUACCAAAGCCCAUGGAGGAGGACCCAAUAGAGGACACCAAAGUGCCAGUAGAUUUGCUGCUGCACAGCUCAACCACCCCAAGUGAAGCUACAGCCAGCACAGGAACAGAUCUGAUGAAUGAGACGAAAGUAGUCAGGCUAUCGCUACCAAAAUCUGACAGUGAGUGUUCGGGGCUUUCAGCCCCGACAUCCCAGAGGUCGUCAUCUACGUCUGGCACAGGCAAACGAUGCCUCUCUCCUCUUCCAGUCAAGGUGAAGGAUGAGCCCUUGGAUGAAGAGUAUGAGCACGCGCUGACAUCCUCUACAUCCACAGCUGACAUUAAAGACGAGCCUGGCACUGCAGAGGAGGACCUGAAGAUUGGUGUAGUCUUCUCCGUUGGGGGAAAACCUGUCACAGCCAGCUCUGAACCAAUCCCUGCCCCCCCUAAAACAGCUUUGACCACCACAACCUCCAAGGCAGACUCCUCCAACCAAAACCCAGGCCAUUUCCCCCUAAUUCCACCUGGGUUGCGUGUUGCCUGUUCCCACUGCAAGAAGAACCUACUGAAAGGACAGACUGCCUUCCAGAAAAAGGGCUUUCCAGACCUCUUUUGCUCCACCUCCUGUCUCACCACGUCAUCCUGCCAGCCCAAACCAGUCACCAAGUACUGCCACUACUGCCUUAAGUCUAUACUGCGGCCUCAGGAGCUCAUUCUGGCGCCUGUGGACUCUAAGGGCACCAUGAAGGACUUUUGCAGUCAGGCCUGUCUCUCCUCUUUCAACUACAAAAGGAACAUAUCCACCAAGAUACCCAUACAGCCCUCUACCACCAACCCCUCACAAGCCCCAAAGUCCCAUUGCAGCAUGUGCAAGAGAUUCUGCAUUAGCAAACAUGAGGUCAUCCUUAACAGUGCCAUCCACAAGAUGUGCAGUGACCCCUGUUUCAUCCGCUUCCGCGCCAUCAACAACCUGAUGCUGGCCAGCUGUGAGAUCUGCCACUCCUACUGCCUCAAUAAGCCCCUCACCCUCAAAGUGGAGGACGGCACCAAGACCGUGUGCACAGCAGACUGUCUGGCCAAAUUGAAAAAGAAAAUCAAUUCACCCCAACCUUGUGCCCUGUGUCGGGCUUCACGGACAGUUUCAGACAUGAUAGAAAACAAGGACGGUGAGGACAAGGUGGAGCUCUUCUGUAGCAGCAGCUGUGUGCUGGCACAUAAGGUCCAGACUGCCCGUGCAUCAGGUGCUCCCAUGGCUUGUGAUAGCUGUGGAAAGACCACGGUACCAGCUUAUCACCUGGCCAUGUCAGAUACCUCCAUCAGAAACUUCUGCUCUUUGCCCUGUGUCGUAGCUUUCCAGGAGAAGUUCAGUAAGACCCAGAAGAAGGUCAGCAUCACCCCCAAGAUCCCGAUAGCUGCUGCCCCCAUCCCAUCCAUCACCUCUAGAUCCACACAAUCUGAUGCCCCCAAACCCAAGGGAAAACUGCAGUGCUUCCAGUGCUCUCAAUUCAUGACUGCUAAACCUGAAGUCAUCCCUAUCAAGAACAAGGUGGUGUUCGUCUGUGACUCGGCCUGUUCUGAAGAGUAUAGGAAGGCCAACCUGGUAAUGGCUGUGUGUGAAUACUGUAAAUUGGAAAAGGUCACCAAACAAUUCAAGAGGAUCAACCAAAAAGACUAUUACUUUUGCAGUGACGGCUGUGGCCUGCUUCAUAAACAUGACCUGGAUAAGAAGUGGAAGAAAUACUGCCACAGCUGUGCCUACUGCCUCUCCAUCUCUGAGCGGAGGGUAACGGGUUACUACGGUGAUACACUCGAGGAAUUCUGCUCUGAGGACUGCAGGUCCAAGUACACCAUUCUCCUGUGCCAGGUUGCGAAGUGUGAUAGCUGUGGUCACCAGGGGAAACUGGUAGAGACCCUCUCCUUGCCAGGGGAGGUCAAACGCUUCUGUGACAUGCAGUGUCUGCUAAACUUCUGUAGCAACAAGGCUUUAACUCAGGGCCAGGUAUUCGCAAAGGCUGUUACAUCCCCUAGCCCUGCAGGCAUUGCAGAGGCUACCCCGAUCAUUGCUGAUGUUGUCUCACUUGCUAGCACUCUUACUGAGCAGCCCAAUGAUUCCAACAACACAGCCCUGCAAGGUACGGUCCCCAAAGUUUCAAAGAGAAGCUUUCUUCAUGCUGGCACUCAGACGGAUGCAUCCAAGGCCCCUGCUACCACACCCAGAUUGUUGAAAAACAAGGCUCUGCUCUGUAGACCUAUGGUCCAGAACAAGGGGGUCACGUGUAAAACACAGACUGUUGACAGUGAGGCACAGACAGAUGACAAAUUCCCCACAGUUGUAGUCCUGCCCAUCCCAGUGCCAGUGUUUCUCCCACUGCCCAUGAAUAUGUACAGCCAGUUUACCCCCAAGCCCAUGGGACUACCCCUACCGCUGCCUGUGCCCAUGUUCCUCCCUGUGACACUGGACAGCGCUGAGCGCAUCGUCGAGACCAUCCAGGAAAUUAAAGAGAAGAUCCCCUCAGACCCCCUUGAGGCAGACCUCAUCUUAAUGGCUGAGCUGGUUGCCGAGCAAGAUGGGCUGAGUAAGGGGAAGCAAAAGGACAGAGGGUUGGAGAAAGACGUGGACAGGCCCGAAGCCACUGAUGGCCACAACAGUUAUUUCAAUGAGGAUUUUGACACUGAAGACCUGGACAGCUUCCUCAGCAACUGGGAAGACACAUCCUCUGGCACAAGUCUCAAGUCAUCCAAUCGACCAUACGCCCAUGAGAGGCUUCAACCUAUCGUUGACGUUCCUUUGGACAUAUCCAGUGAGCCUUGCUCAGAGCCUACACCUCCAGCCCCACCUCCCUUGGACAUAGAGGCUGACUUCCCUGUUGAGUCCCUGGAAAAAAUGGCCCGGUUUAGAGAGAAGGCCCAACAGUCUCCCAACGCUCCCAGUGCUUCACCCACACCUCCACCCCGACGACGGCAAGCUCACAGGAAGGCCAGGGACAAGAACAAGGGUCGUAGGUCCCAACGGCUGGCUAAAACAGAUGAUGCUGCGACGGGGGCUUCUCAAACGGGCAGUGAUGGCAAUGCUAUGUCCAGGGAACCUCCCAAACUGGAGAGCAAAUAUGGAAUUGACGCCUGGAAGAGAUGGAUCCAGUGGAGGGAGACCCAGCCCAACAUGGAGAAGCUCCGCUUCGGUUCGCGUCCAGUGGAGCUGAAAGAGGACGUGCUUCGCUGCACCACGGCAGAGCUUAGCUGCGGUCUGUGUCGCUUCAUCGCCGAGGUCAGACGGCCCAACAGAGAGCCCUACUCACCAGACAGCUUGUUUUACCUCUGUUUGGGAAUACAACAGCAUCUGUUCGAGAAUGGUCGGUUGGAGAACAUAUUUACUGACCUAUUCUACAGCAAGUUCUCCAUGGAGAUCACAAAGAUACUGACAGAUUUCAAGCCCUCCAUUACCCCGAGUGGCUACAUCCACUCCCGUGUGGAGGAGGAGUACCUGUGGGACUGUAAGCAGUUGGGCGCUUACUCCCCAACUGUCCUCCUCAACACACUACUCUUCUUCUGCUCCAAGUACUUUGGCUUCACCACACUGGAGCAACACUGCCAGCUAACCUUCGCCAAUGUCGUGCGCUGCACUCGGACCAACGCUGACAAUACCAAGAGCUACUUCCUGCGCUUCUACCUGCCAAUAUGCUUGAAGGAGCUUGAAGCUCAAUCUCAAAAUGUUGCAGAUGACAUUCCGGCCAAGAAGCGAAAAGAGGACGAGAAUCAGGAGGUGGUCCUGGAGAUGACAGAGAACAAUGAUAACCCACUCCGCUGUCCAGUCCGACUCUAUGAGUUCUACCUCUCUAAGUGCUCAGAGUCAGUGAAGCAGCGCACCAACCUGUUCUACCUCCAGCCAGAGCGCUCCUGUAUCCCCAACAGCCCCGUGUGGUUCAGCUCCACGCCCCUGGACCAGACCACCAUGGAUGCCAUGCUGACACGCAUCCUCACCAUCCGAGAGAUGCACCUGGGGGAGAAAGAGAGCAAGAAGGUAGUGGACGACCCGCUGUACAUCCCCCAAGUGGAGGAGGAUGAGUCAGAAUGAGGAGGAGAAGGAAGUUGCCUGAGGCUUCUCAACUGAGUUUUGAAAGUGGUCCUUAACAGAUCAUUGUGAAAAAUGAACAUGUCAGACACAGAUUUCGUCAUGCUCCCUUUGUGUUACAUCAGCAGUACACAGGUUGGUUUGAUGUCUUUCUUAAACACACACAUACACAAACAACUGCAACAUACUAAACUGCAAAGACUUCUUUAACCCAGGACGUCAACACAAUCUGAGGAGGAACUGUUGAAACAAACCUGGUGUUUGGCUGAGGGGAAAGGACCAAUGCAAUAGACUCAAAGGUGUUCAGACUGUUUCGUUCUUCUUUGUGACGUACUGUGCAAUUAGAGUUCUUCAGCGGCACCAGGUCCGCGGUGUGGUCGCUCGUGUGGAAGAGUGCCCGUCUGAUGAAAACUUGUCUUCACAAAUCUGUUUACCUCCCUGCUGAAAAGAGUUCGGUUACUUUUGUUUUCAGUUGACAUUAUUAAUAUAACCGUUAAAAUGCUGUUCCAGAAAGUUUCUCGCUUGCCGUGCAGGAAAUUAAAACGAAAAAUGUUGAGGAAGAGGGCGCAGAAACGGUCGUUGAGCGUAUAACAUGUCAAGUCUGGUUUCAUUCUGUGUUGGAUGCUUAAGGUCUGGUUGAAUGUUUAUGAUUGCAGACAAGACUCAGGAUUUGUUGUGUUUUUUACAUUUAGUUCCCUUUUACCUAAUUACUCCAUGGAAUGUGUGUAUAUAUAUGUAUAUAUAUAUAUAUAUACACACAUACACACACACACACUGGGAUUGUUGGUCAUUUGCCUACUAAAAUUAGUGUAAGGGAGGAUCUGGUAGUUUAGAAUAUUUUUUUUGAUUUUGAUAUACUUUACUUGAUAUACCCGUAGGGACAUUGUCCUCUGCAUUCAACCCGUCCUAGCUGUGUAGCUAGGAGCAGUGGGCAGCCGCCGUACAGCACCCGGGGACCACCUCCAGUUCCCAGUUCUUCUUGCCAUGCCUUGCUCAGGGGCACAGACAGGAGUGUUAACCUAGCAUACAUGUCUUUUUUUUUUUCUUUUUUUUUUUAUGGUGGGGGAAACCGGAGCGCCCGGAGAAAACCCACUGCAGAAUAUGAUACCUUUUUGCAUUGAACGUUUAUAUUUCAGACUCCAACUUGACAAAUUGACUCUCGAUUGUUCAUAGAAAACGUUUGAGCCAAAAAGUUGUUUAAUUUUUUUAUUUUUUACUAUCGAAACCUACGUGUUAUCUGACACAGUAAACCAGUUUAUCUGAGACAUCUCUUGUACCUUUGACUAACGUCCUCCUUUGACGAACAUCCUUUUUUUUUUUGGUAUCCCCCCCCCCCCCCCCCAAAAACGUCCUUUUCUAAUGGCGGCCCCUCAUUUGACCCCUGCUGGUUUGUGUGAAGCGGUUUUGAGGUGCUGGUCUCCGCUUGUGUAUUAACCACGUUUGUCAGAGGAUGGAUGACACGGCUCUCCAAAAAAAUUUUGUAUCAUACUUUUGAAUAAAAGAUGGAAAAAAAAGGUUAUUAAUUGCUGUCAUCUUUCCGGCUAACGGUGAAAUCGCUCUUUGAAAACAAAUGCGCAAUUUUCUUUUGUCUCACCGACAACAUUAAAGAAUAGAAUGAGACAAGUUUAGUCAACAUCCUCCGUGGUUGUACUGAUGCUUUGGGAUGUGGUUUUUAAGUAAUUUUUUUUUCUCUCUCUCUCUCUCCCCAAUUGUUACCUGGCCAAUUACCCCACUCUUAUGAGCCGUCCCGGUCGCUGCUCCACCCCCUCUGCCGAUCCGGGGAGGGCUGCAGACUACCACAUGUCUCCUCCGAUACAUGUGGAGUCACCAGCCGCUUUUCACCUGACACAGGAGUUUCGCCAGGGGGUCCUAGUGUGGGAGGAUCACACUAUCCCCCCCCCCCCCCCCAGUUCCCUCUCCUCCCCAAACAGGCGCCCCAACCGACCAGUGGAGGCGCUAGUGCAACGACCCACAUACCCACAUCCGACUUGCCACCCGCAGACAUGGCCAAUUGUGUCGGUAGGGAUGCCCGACCAAGCCGGAAGUAACACGGGGAUUCGAACCAACGAUUCCUGUGUUGGUAGGCAGCGGAAUAGACCGCUACACUACCCGGACGUUUUUAAGUAAUUUCCAUGGCAUAUCUAUAUUUACUCCGAUUGUGUAAAGCAAAUACAUCCAUAGUAAACGACAAUAAACAGGAAUAAUGCUAACAGGGCUUCAGCUUCUUUAUGUACAUACGUUGGGGAAAUGCUGAUUUGUGGGCUGCUGAGGG